AUGAGUACUUUGACCCAAAAUCCACUAAAAGUCAUUGAUAUUGAAGAGGAUGAUGAAUCGACGGCAGUUGAUUUGUUGGAAGCAGGAAAGAUGCAAGGAUUUUUGAUGAUUGAGGGCCAUGGGUUUACACAAACUGAAGUUGAUCAGUUGUUUGGAGUAUCAGAACACUUCUUUAAGUUGCCAGUUGAGUAUAAAAACAUCUAUGCGAUGAAUAAUUCUAAUCAUGGAUAUGCUUACUAUGGAAUAGAGAACUUAGAUCCAGCAUCACAGAAGACAGGGGAUCCCAAAGAAGCGCUUAAUAUAUCUCAUUUAAAUUUUGCGACAGGAGAAUCCUCCAGUCGUAUUCCAAGCUGGUUCCUGGAGGAUCAAGGAAGGUUGCAUUUGGUUCAGGAUACGAUCAAGAGAUUGUAUGAAUUAUCCAUCAAAAUUUUAAAGAUAUUAGCUUUGGGAUUAAGAAUUGAGGACUCAGAUAACGUGAAAGGUGCAGAAUGGUUCAAUUCAAAAUAUGUCCCCGAUAAGGAAUCAGGUUCUACCUUUCGAUUGUUGCACUAUCCGGGACAGCAGAAGCUUAACCCAGAAAGCGUGAUCAGAGCAGGCGCUCACACUGAUUACGGCUCAAUGACUCUUUUAUUUCAAAGAGAAAACCAGGAAGGGCUAGAAAUAUACUCACCUAUAACUAAAAACUGGGAGCCCGUACCAUUUGUACCUGCUAGCCCUAAAUAUUCGGGUCAAGCACCACCAUUGAUUGUCAAUAUUGGCGAUCUUUUAAGUUAUUGGACAUCGGGAUUAUUAAAAUCAACAGUGCAUAGAGUCAAGUUUCCUGCUAAGGUACAAGAGAGCGGUCAAGAUAGGUACUCAAUUGUCUUCUUCAGCCACCCGAAUGAUGACACUUUGCUACUUCCUGUCCCUAGCACGAUGAUACGAGAGAUCAAAGGGAGAGGUGCAAACAGUGAAGAGACUUACAUUACGGCAAAGCAACAUUUAGAUAAAAGAUUAGCUGCUACCUAUGGACGGUCCUACUGA